CAUGGCCUACUGUUUUUACAAAGAGCUGGACAUGAUACUUGGGGGCAACCCCACCUCUAUGCUGAGUACCUCCAUGGACACCUCAGAGGCCAAUGCAACAAGGCAGGAGGAGGAGGAGGAGCAGCAGCAAAGCAGAGGCAAGGGUGUUCCAGCAGAAGAAGACACCCCGGAAACCCUAGAUGCAUGCGGCCAGGAGCUGUUAUCAAGCCAGGAGGAAGGUAGCCAGUCACGGUGGCAGGUGUUUGGGGAAGGACAAAACACCAGAGAAGGUUCCCGAUCCAACCUUGAGAUCUCAGCCGUCCGUGUUUUCAACGGCCGAGAGGCUCAGCCGCCGCCGCCGCCACCAGCGUCGCCGCCUCCCGGCAGGGGGACACCUCAGAGCCGCCCCGCAGCCUUCCGCCGCUCGGGGGGGGGGGGAGGUCCAAGCUGCCGCCGCCGCGGGCGGGAGAAGCGGGAGGCUCGGGGUGGGCGGGUGUCUGCGGGCGCCGCUCCCGUCCUCAGCUGGAACCGCUCCGGCUCCGCGUCGCUCCCGUCCCCCCCCUCGCUGCGCUCCCAAAUCAAAAUAGUGUCACACAAUAUGGCGGCGGCCGCCAAACAUCGCGAGAGCUGCCCCGAGUGCUAA